CUCAAGACUCUAAUCAAUUUACUUCAAAAUAGACUCAAGGCAAGUUUCAGUAAUACAAUAAUUCGACCAACUCUCAAGAAUAAGAAAAAAGGCUCAAAACCUCACUUGGUGCACUGUCGUCAAACACAUCAACCAAGCAUUUCAUCAAAACAUAUAAUCAAUGACCAUCAUCACAACUACUCAACUCAAUCGACAGUCAUUAACCAAUCUU